CUGUCGAUUUUUUUUCUCAUGAAAUCUUAAAACUGUAAAGAGCGACGAAGAGAGUAAACAUUUCAAAGAAAGAGACGAGCAUAGGUGGCAUUUGAUUGUGUCAUUCUACUUGCUACAUGGAUUUUCGUUCGGACGCGCGUGUGUGUGUAUGCGUGAGAAAGCGAGAGUUACAGCCGUUUCGCUCAGCUGUAUUCAGUCAUUGCACGAUGCCUUGUCAGUGGUAGAGAGCCGUCGUACGUAAGAGAGUUUAUAUUGAGUUGCGCUGCGACUCUCUGUGUGUAGCUUGAGUGCAAUAUAUAUGUUCUGACCUGGGUUACUUCUCUGCUGACACUCGUUUGCUCUCUUUCUCGCGCACACCAAGACACGCACACACACAUGAACACAUUGUGUUCGUUGUCGAACGAGCACACAGCAGUGGUGCCAACUGCGAUGCUGCAUCAAGCAAAAGCAAUUCUUAUCGGAUUUACACCUCGGUUAGGCAAUAUUAACACAAUAUAUGCAAAGGGCUCUAUAGCAAUAAUAAUUUCCUGUAUGAAGAGAAUUUUAUGCAUGUCGUCUCCUUUUUUCUAACCUACCGAAUAAUCGACGAGAUUUAAUGAGAUGGAACCCAACAGACGAACAGACGAUCAAUAGAAAUUUUUACGACCCAAAAAAUUCUUUUCAAAAGCCAUUUUUAUUGCUUUUUUCUCUUGCCCAUUCCGCAUUCUUCGUAUAUGUCUUAUGGUGUAAGCGUAGCGCGCAAUGAAUUUACUGUAAACAAAAUGAAGCAACAUAAACGUCGUUCAAAUAAACUUUGAAAUAUAAUGCCAUGUAAUACCGUUUCAUGACGACUCACACACAAGAGAGACAAAUAUGACUUCCAAUUCUUAUCGUUUACUUUAAUUUGUUCUUCGAAAUGCACCAAUACAUUUGAGUGGUGAUUUGUUUUUUUUUUCCUUUUUCUGCUGAACAGUUUGAGUAGAUGACGCUUAGUUCUGCCAUUCGUGCAUAAGUUUUCAAUGCGCACAGAUCGUAUUGAUGUAGCGUGUUAAUAUAUUUAAGAACAUUUGACUAAAGUCUGGAGACUAAAAAAUUUAUAGUUUAAUUGGGAAUCGGCAUUUUUUUUUUUUAAAUUUGACUUACAAACAAAUUGACGUGUUAGAAAAUGAAUUGGGGAUUCUCAUCGAGUAGUGAGAGCGAUUCCGAUGAAGAUCGGCCUGUAUCGAAAUUUCGCACAGACACAUUAUUUUAUCAACAGUAUCAACGCGGUGAAUAUGGUGAUGACUGGCCAAUCGAACUGUUGGGUCACACGAGCAACCAUCGCUUGCCGAACAAUCAUCUUGCAAACAGUUCGAUAUUGUUUGAAGGCAAUGGACAUGCAAACACAUCGUUUGCCAAUCUAAGCCGAAUCGUUGGCUUGGAUGAAAGCCGAAUUCUUUCGCCGGCAUCCAUUUUGCCAGCUGAUGAUAUUGUGUUUGUUAAUGAUGGCGGCAAAUAUCGUCCCAUUCGUGUGAUUUCAAAGACAGAAAUUUUACCACCGCGAAAAACUCCCGACGACAAAGCACAGGCAAAAAAACUAAAAUCCGAACCCAGUGACGAGGGACAAAAACCAGACGCGACCCAUGUGCCACGCGAAAUUCCAUUAGAUUUGGUCGAUUAUGUGGACCGUCCGAAAGAUCCUCGAAAUCCAGAGCCAGAAUAUUUUUGUGAUGGUUUGGUGAUCCCCAGAUUUUGGCGAGAAACGGUAUUGAGAUCAGAAAUGGACAAAAAUCGCGACCGUUUGAAUGGUUCAUACAAACGCAGUAAUUCGUUGGUGCGUGAACGAACACUGCAACGAACACAACGGCUCGGUAUGUUGGGUGCCAGAAGAGAUCCAAGAUUAGAUCGAAGCUUGUUUGCUAAUCCACCGCGAAAAAUUGCAUCACCAGCGAAGGCACACAACCAAUCACAUCCGAAUGUUGCAUCUGGAUCGAUCUUUGAUUGUGAGGAUGCUACUGAAGAUGUAUCAUCGGUCGCAUCAGCAUUCUCAUCAUCGUCUGGAUCCCUCGGCUCGCUUCCAAGCGCCGGUGAUGAUCACUUUCACAAUUCUACCAAAGUCACCAACAACGGUCACCACGACGAUUUCGAUAGUGUGUCCGGUUCGGAUGACAAUGACUGCUCGUUCACAGCGUUCCAGAAGAGAAAGCUGGGCAAAAAGACCAAACGAGCUGCAAAGCGAACCAAACAUUCCGAGUCAACGUCAACCAAUGAUGAUGACCAUCGAUAUAUACCACCGAUCAAAAUUGAUUUGAAGAAGAAGAAGGUGACACCGACCAGUGACAAAAAGAAGAAAUUCAGUGUGCCGGAUGUCAUCGAUAAGGAAAUCAUAUUAAAAGCUUUGGCGGACGAAGAGGCCAGCGAAGGUAAUGAUCAAGAAAAUGUUUGUACGAAUACGAGAAAAAUACAGACACGUGCCAGCACCAACAAGAAUACAAAGAAUGUCAAAAUGACACCGAUUAGUGGUUAUAACCUCAAAAAGCCAAACGGUGCUUGUGUUGUUUCAUCUAGCAGUAGUACCAAUUCUCUAGAAAGCAAAACAAAUAUUGUAAAGAUUGAAAAAGUCGAAGCAUCGUUGGCGAAGGUCAACGCAUUGAAAAGGGAAAAGCCAAACGUACAAAUUUUAAGCGGAAUCGAACCGUUGAAUACUGUGGUGCCUGAUAAAGAGCCUGUCCCAUCAGUGUCACACCAACAACACAACGAAACUGAACUGUCUGAAAAGAGUUCGAUUGGUUCGACUUCAAUCGGUUCAAUUGAGCAACGUCUAGCUGAAAUGACGUCUCCGGUCAGAACAGCUGCCGAUGUGCUUGCUGAACAAAAUGAACAACAAUUGACUGACAUUUUGACAGAUGGCAACGACGAUGCAACAACGCACAUGAUAACGCAACGUGAUGACAAUCAGUUGGGUGACACAGCAGCCGAACCAAUGAUAGUGGCAGAGCCCAUGAUAUUGGCUACCGAAGACAGUGGCAUUCAGACUGCAGCUGAGUCUCCACCGGAAAAUCAUUCAGACUCGGUCGAAGCAAUCCAAAGCGAUGGCAGCUACAAAAAAGAUCAAGACAAUUCAUCAAAUGCAUGUGACAUUCACGAUAGUAAAAUUGUGCAACAUACAAACGUCAAUGAAAUCAAACCGAAAACUAUUGUUGAAGCUUCUGUUUCUGACACUGUGCCGCAUCAAAUGCCGAUUGAUACAGAACCAGAGCAUGCUGUUGAGCAGCCAGCAAUUGGUUGCGAUGAUUCAGCCGAAAUGGAUAUUAUAACGGCCAAUUUAAGUUUUGGAUCGCCAGAAGUUGGUGCAAAUGUUGAUCUCGGCAUUUCGCAUAUCGCUGAAUACGCGAAGAAUUUGCUGGAUUCAAGCGCAAUGAUGGAUGAUGUUGAUGUUGGGACUUUAAUUGUUUCGAAUUCACCAGCCAAAGAUGAAAAUGGAAAUGUAGCAGCCACCCAGCCAUACAUGAAAUUGGCCACCUCAACCAGUGAUGAUGUGGAUAUAUCCGAUGACGACUAUGAAGACGAUACACCGUGCGGAAUUAAUGAACUGACCCUGCCAAACUCGAACACCGAUCGCAAUGCAAACGAUGCAAUGAAAUCGAACUGCAAUCUAUGCUCGUAUCAGGCGGACAAAGGUUGGAAACAGCUCACCAAGCAUUAUGUAAGAAAGCAUCCGGGCAAAGAGAUUUCCAUUUCACGCUUGGCCAACAAUUUCAAUCCACAAGAGCUACAAAGUCCCAAAUUCACACCGUUGAUCACAAAAGGUUGUGAAGGCACAAUGAUUCAAUCGAUGUGCUACAUUUGCGACAAAGGGUACAACAUGUGCAGUGCCAAAUGGAUGCAACAUUUCAUUGCACACACCGGCGAAUUCGAAUUUCGGUGCAAUAAAUGCGGCAAAGAAAUCAUGCAAGACCUGCACAAACAAUGCAACUCCAAAGAGAAUGAACGCAUUAACGGCCCCUUUGAUUUCGUUGACAACGUUUUGUAUGGUUACGUAUGUGGCCUUUGCAGUUACGUUCAACUUUCUGAGACGAAUAUCACUACACACUUGAAAGAAGAACACCAGCAAUUAAUCACCGGCAACGAAAAUGUCAUCGAAAUCACUUUGUUGAAAAUCACACAACCCGGCUGCCUUGAUUUCUUCAACGAUGACAAAAAUGAUGCAGCUCUGGUUGAGGCUAAAGAACGAUUGUCGGCAACUCAUCACCCAAGCCGCUAUCAGCCCUUCUCACCAGUGGUCAUAUCCGACGGCGACGAUGAGUCGAGUAACGAUGGACCUCAAACACACACAAUUGACCUGACACUUUCUGAUGAAGAGAUUUAAACAACAUUUUUUUUUACCAUUUUUUCCCUAAUAAUUACUAUAUAUUAUACUUUGUUACUGCAUGGAAGUGGUUUUGUUGAACUCCAGCAGACUUUCCAUUAAAUUCUAUUGCAUUAUUUUCCCAAAAAAAAAAAAAUCGAAGAAAAAAAUGUCAACUUGACGAAAAUAAAUAAAAACUUUAAUGCUGAUACCCAGUGGAUUCGAAACAAUCUCACUCGGAAAUCACAAAGAAAUAUUGUUCAAUAAAAUUGAUCUAAAAUUAA